CCUCUUGUCCCGCCCUCAUCAUCCCCUCGCAUCGCCGCAUUCACACCUACACACGCCUGCUCGCACCCGCACCGCGGCUGCGCCUCUCCGACCGUCGCUCGCUCGUGUCCGUGCGCCGUGAUCGUCUGGCCCGCACGAGCGACGCACACGUCCGCCGCGCUGCCCAGCGCCGUGCGCGCGGCCCGCGAUGAAGAUCACCAAGGAGCCGCACCGGCUGGCCGAGGCGACGGCCAACGUGCGCCUGCUCCUCGAGCGCAUCACCGAGGCCAGCGACGAUGAGCUGCCCGAGCUGCUCGACGGCAUCUCCGAGUGGUGCUGGCCGCGCGGCGACCUGCACUACUGGUCCGGCACGCUGAACCGCUUCGACGACAUCCUCGACGAGACGGUGCGCGACUACGACCUGCGCCGCCUGCAGAUCAACGACUUCACGCCAAAGCGCAAGCUGCUCCUCGUCUCGCUGCUGCGCUUCUCGCGCCUGCUGCUCGAGAACUGCACGAACCGCAAGCUGUACAACUCGUUCGAGCACCUCGAUGCGCUGCUCUUCACCUCGGACCUCGACGUCUUCGAGGCGACGCUGCGCCUCGUGCUGCGGCCGGCGCAGCACUUCAGCACGCAGGGUGGCGUGCGCCACGGGCGCGGCACCUUCCUCAUCUCGCCCGAGCGCCUGGCUACUCUGGCUGUGACGUGGGCACCGCGCGAGCACGGCUUCGAGCUGGUGGACCUCGUCAAGCCCGACGCUCAGGUGCCUGCCGAGAUGCUCAACGUGCGCUUUCAGUUCUACAAGCGCGCACGCGCGGCUGAGGGCCCUGCAGUGGCGGGUCCGAGCCGCGCGGCAGAGACAUCGGCGACGAGCGCCGCCGAGGCCUCGACGCCGGUGCGGCCUCGACCAGGGCGCGAUGGCCGCGCCUCCGCGAUGGCGAGCACGUCUGCUGCCGCUGGCCUGCUAGUCUCCUCAGCGGCUGCCACGCCGGCAGGUGCGUCCAGCGUCGGACAGGCGGCCCAGCAGCCGGCCGAAGGCAUGACGACGAUCGACCUGGGCUACUUGGGCGACUCGACACGCCGGCCCAUGGACGUCCUCGCCGACGCCAUCGAGCAGCACGGCAUCCCGCCGGAGGACCACUUCGAGCUCUUUCAGAAGAUCCGCCUCGCCAUGAGCCUGCGCGAUCCCGGCGCACGGCGACAGCUCGUCACCUGCCGCCUGCUCGCGAUGGCAUGCUACGCACACACCACAUCCGAGUCGACGGCGUCGACGCAGCUCUUCCUGUACGAGCCCGACGUGGUGCAGCGCCUGACUGCGCUCGUCGACCCCGACCAGCGAGUUGGUCCCGACGUACAGAGCGGCGCCUUCUACGCCCUCGAUGCGCUCGGUCGCUACCGCGGCAAGUUCAACGACGUGCUCAACGCCGUCAACGCCUCGAUCAACCACGGCAUCCUGCUGCACUGCCUGCGCGACCUCGUCGACGCGCUCGGCCGCCCCAAGGCUGCACAGCCCGACGGCGUGCUCAUCGACGCGCUCUUUGGCUUCAUCGGCUUCGUCACGUCGACGAACGUCGGCAGCAACAUGGUCGUCAGCGCCGGCCUGCUGCCGCUGCUGAUCCAGCUGCUCGAGGAGACCAAGCCCGAGACGUACCUGCUGCAGCGCACGGUCACGCGCGCGAUCGGCCUGAUCCACAGCGUCAUCUACGCCUAUCAGCCGUCGUUUGCGCUGUUCGUCGCGGCCAAGGGCAUCGACGUGUUCGUGGCGCGCAUCGAGCAGGAGAUCAACCGCGACCUCGAGGUCGGCGCCGUUGAUAAGGAGCUGGAGAAGGGCACGCUGGUCGAGGCCAGCCCCGACAGUCUGUACGGCCGCCUCUCCUUCGGCCGUGCACAGCUGCUGCGCGCGCUGCUCAAGACGACGCUGCACAUGAUGUCCGCGCCCGGCACGGCCGACGGCCUGCGCAACCUCAUCGACAGCACGCUGCUGCUGUCGGUGAAGCGCAUCAUGCAGAACCGCCUCGUAUUCGGCGGCCAGAUCUUGGCCAUCGCCGUCAACGUCAUGGCGACGUUUGUGCACAACGAGCCGACGAGCCUCGGCAUCGUGCAGGAGAAGGGCCUGCCCCAGGCCUUCCUCGACAUGAUCGACGCCGACAUCGAGGCCAACUUCGACGUCAUCGCAGCCAUCCCCAACGCCGUCGGCGCGCUCUGCCUGAACCAGGCGGGCAUCCAGAUGCUCAACGAGCGGCCCGUCGUGCCGAAGCUCUUCGCCCUCUUCACCUCUGAGCGCCACACCAAGGUGCUUGCGGACCGCGAGAAUGCAUCGCUCUUCGGCUCGGGCAUCGACGAGCUCGUGCGGCACCAGCCGGGCCUCAAGCAGUCUGUGCUCGACUGCAUUCUCUCGACGCUCGCGGCCAUCUAUGCCGCCGGCGAGGCGUACGAGCUGCGCGACAGCGACAAGAAGCGCAUGUACAAGCUGCAGACGGUGCCGCCCACGGCGGCGCCCGCGAACGACGAAGUCAUGCAAGAGACUGGCGGUGCCUCGUCUGCGACGCAGGUCACGGCCGAACAGUCGCUGUCCGUGGCGCUCGCAGACGUCGUGAUGGACGAGCCGGACAUGUCCCUCGAGUCGCGCGACGACUCGGGCGGCGACAACGCCAUCGUGUCGUACAUCGACGUCAUGUCGCGCUUCCUCGACGGCCUCUUCCAGACGGUCCAGCACUGCAAGGACUUCCUCAAGGCCGACGGCCUCGAGCGGUUGCUGCGCUUCUACCGCCUGCCGUGCCUGCCGUACGACUUUGUCAACAGCAUGGGCAACGACAGCCUCGUGACGCUCAUCCGCCUCAUCGUCGAGGUCAGCCCGCAGAGCGUGCUCAGCGCCAUUCUCCGCGAGCUGCGCAAGUCCAUGACGGAGUGCACCGAUCUCUGGGGCGCCGACGCACCGUCGCUCGCCUCUCUGCUGUCGCCCGAGUCGGCCGAGGCGGCCGAGGCGGCCACCAAGACGUUCCGCCGCCUUGUGCGUCUCAACGCGCACUCGCAUCUGCUGGCCGACGUCGGACCGACGUUCGUCUUUGCCGGCGCCAAGCUGCCGCUCGUGUUCCUCCAGACUGUGAACUCAGCCUCAUCGCCGACUGGACGCGAGCUGGCCUCGAUCGCCGAGAUCGGCGAGCUGCAGCGUCAGGCCGCCUGGCAGAACGUGUGCCUCAAGGCUGUGGCCCCGCCUGGGGAGCGUCGCAAGCCGCGCCGCUACGGUCGCGGCGCUCGCGCUGCCGAUGCGAACGGCGCCACAGCGGACACGCCGUCCGGAGCAAACGAGACGAGCGAGACUGACCUGCAGAAAGUUCAGGGCCUGCAAGGCGUCCAGGGACAGAGCAGCGACGGCGCGGAUCCCGGUCCGCUCACGUGCAACAGCACAGCGCUGCGCUACGUUGCGGCCUCGCUGCCGUCGGCUCUGACGACGUUCCUCGUCGAGACUACGCGCCUGUUUGUCCUGCGCCGCUCGAGCGACCAGAGCCUGCGCCGUCACGCCACCUCCACGGCCGCUGCCAUCGCCGGAGUCGUCACCAAGAGCCUCGCGUGGCGCGACAGCGAGCAGACGCAGAACAGCUUCGCCUACGCGUGCGCGAUGAUCGGACAGGCGACAUCACUGCUGUACGACGACCGCGCCGGCGCGCACCCGACCACCAACACGCUGGUGCUCAUUGCCUUUGUGCGCGAGGGCGGCCUCGACGCCCUGCUCGGCCUCUACACGCGCUACAACGACGAGAUCACGCGCCACUUCGACGAGGACGGCAAGGUGCGCGAGGUCGGCGUCCACGACGGCCUGCGUCUUGGCCACAUCUACAGCGGCCUCGGAGCCUGCCUCAAGAUGCUGCACCUGCUCAGCGCCCACCGCACGCUCAUGGACCCGACGGCCACUGCGAUUUUGACAUCGAAGGACGACGCGGAUCGCCGUGCAGCAGAGUUCUUCCUGCCGCACGAGUUCCUCGUCCGCCUGCGUCUGGCCAUCCUGCCGGCGCUGCGCCUGACGUGGGACUCCAAGUGGUUGCCCAACGCGCCGUUCACGCUCAACCGCUCCGUCAACCAGACGAUGCUGCAGAUCCUGCUGGGCGAGGGCGAGGCGCCCGCGCCGCGCCGCGAAGGCGCAAGCAGCGGCAGCGGAGCGGCCAACGGCAGUGGCAGCAACGCGCAGCCCGACGGCGUGCGCCAGCUCAACUCCAUCCAGGCCGCACUCGCCGGCCUCACCGGCGCGCUUGGCGGACCGCCUCCAGGUAGCCGCGCUCACGGCCACGGGCACGACUUUGCGCAGCCGCGCUCGCGCCUGGCGGUGCAGCCCGACGAGAACCGCACGCGCGAGCUCACCGACAUGGGCUUCCCACGCGCCGCCGCACGCGCUGCUCUGACGCGCUGCAACAACAACCUCGCUCUGGCCGCAGACUACCUCCUGAGCCACCCUGAGAUCGUCGCGAACCCUGGGCCGGAGAUCGAGCUGCCGCCGUCGGACAGCCAGUCGGAGGCACCGUCGGAGGCGGCGGCCCCUGCUGCUGUGCCGGACGCUCCCGCGGCAGCGCCUGCCGAAGGCGCAGCCGGCGCGCCCGCCGAGGCCGCUCCUGCUGUCGCAGCGACCGCCGACGGCGACACGCAGAUGACGGACUCUGCUGCACGUGCGACCGCAAGCGAUGACGAGGGCUCGCACAGCUCGGAGGACGGCGACAUGAGCUCGGCCGACGCAGCGCGCAAGACGGCCAACGAUGCGGCGCUCGCGCAAGUCAAGGACGAGAAGGAACGCCUCGACAAGCUGCGCAAGGAGAUCGGCGAGACGCUGGCGCCGCGCAUCAUUGCGCUGGCCGACCAGCAUGAGGGCCUCGUCUUCGACGCCAAGGUCGCCUUCAGCAUCGUCGCCACCGACGCGGCCACCACGGUCGAGACGAUCAACUCGCUGCUCGCGCAGCUCGACGUGCCGCGUGAGCAGGCCUUUGGCGAGGGCGAGAAGCGCAUCGCGAUCCGCCUGCGCAUUCUUGCGCUCUUUCUCAACGAUGCCGUUACGAUGAAGCGCCUGCACAAGGACUCGGCCAAGGCCAUCAUGCUCAAGCUCGGCCAGCUCGCGCAGGACUACGACUCGCGCGCAUCGGCGGACUCGCACCCGGCUUGGCUUGCGCCGACGCUGCUGGUGGCGUGCUCCGUGCUGGGCCUCGACGAGAACCCAGCCGAGGCGACAAUCUCGCAAGAAGAGGACCCGGCGAAGCUCGAGGCCGCUGGCCGCGCGCCUGUCCUGGAGGCGCGGCAGUUCAACGACGAGUCGCACGUGCUCUUCAAGCUGGCGAUGCACUGCCUCGAGCACGCCACGUCGCUCUCGCGCGGCGACCUGCUUGCAGUCUACCGUCUGCUCGUCAUUCUCACUCGCCGCCACAGCGUCGCAGCCGAGUUUGUGCGCAGCGGCGGAGUGCCGGCGCUCUUCAAGCCGUUCUCGACGCUCAGCACCAAGACCGUCUCCGGCUGCCAGGCGCUCGUCGUGCUGGUGCUGCGGCAGGUCAUCGAGGACCACGCGACGCUGCGUGCCUCGAUGGAGCAGGAGAUGCGCGCCUGGCUCAGCAUCGCGCGCCAGAAGGUCAUCGACACCAGCUCGCUCACGCGCAACCUCAGCAGUGUCAUGCUGCGCGACCCGGACAUGUUCAUGGCGCUUGCGCAGGAGCACCUCGAGAUGAUUGACCUCGUGCCGGCCAAGUCGCAGGGCAUGUUGCGCCUCAAGGCCCGCGACGAGACGCUGCCCAGUGCUGCCGAGGAGGAAGACGCCGAUCAGGCGCCGCCUUCGCCAAGCAAGGCCGGCGCGCCUGCUGCCGAUCUCGACCUGCCCAUGAAUGAGGCGGGCGACGCCAAGGACGCCGCCAACACGUCCGCGCCGUCCGCAGAGCUCGACACGACGAUGAACUUCCUGCUCUCGGAGCUGCUCAAGGCCACUCGCGAGCAGGCCGCAGCGGCUUCGAAGAAGGCGAGCGAGGGACAGGCCAAGUCGCCCAGCCUCACGCUCCAGCCGCUGGAGCAGGCACCGGGCGGCACAAACGCGGACCAGCCGGCGCCCUCGGCCGCCGAGCAGGAGCAGGUGGACGAGGCGGCCGACAGCCAGUACUUCUACACAUGCUUCCUCAUGCAGUGCCUCGCCGAGCUCCUCUCGUCGUACGUGUCGGCCAAGACGUGCUUCGUCAACUUCAGCCGCAAGCGGUCGGCCGCGCGCGACCUCGGCACGCCGGCGGCCAAGGGCAAGGGACCGCAGCACCUGCUGGGCUUCUUCCUCUCGGAACUCGUGCCGAUCGGCUUCCUGCGCUCGACGGAGCACACGGAGAUGCGCAAGCUCAUGGCGCAGUCGAACUGGGCCAUGAGUGUGCUUGUCGCGCUCGCCGCCGACGUGACGGUGCACCCGGACCUCAAGCAGGUCAUGCCGGAGCUCGUCACCGUGCGCAAGCUGCUGCUCGACGGCAUCGCCAAGGCGAUCAAGGACGCUUCGACGGCCAGCGAGCCCGUCGAGGUGCGCUACGGCCGCCUGUACGCCCUCGCCGACCUGUGCUACCGCCUGCUCACGGCGCGUCCGAACCACAAUCCGGCGGCUGGCGGCGCGCGGCCCGCAGAGGACCUGGCCUUGCACAUGGCCAAGACGAUGCUCGAGAAGAACUUUGUCGGCGUGCUCACGAGUGCGCUGGCCGACGUCGACCUCAACCUGCCAAUGGUCAAGUCGCUGCUCGACCGCAUCCUCAAGCCGCUUGAGCACCUGACCAAGGUCGCCAUCAAGAUGGGCAAGGCCGAGCGCAAGAACGCUGCAGCGAGCGGCACAGGCGCGGCCGCUGCGCGCGCCAAUGUGACGGCCGACUCGGUGCAGGAGUACUCGGACGAGUACGACUCGAUGGACGAGGACGGCGAGUCGGACCACAGCUCGGACGACGACGAGGGCCACGCGCGCGAGGAGACGCCGGACUUCUACCGCAACAGUGCGCUCGGCAUGCAUGCGUCGGAGAACUUCGUCGAGCAGCCCGGCUCCGACGAGGACUCGGAGGACGACGAGAUGGACAUGGAGAUGGAGUACGACAGCGACGAGGACGGCAGCGACAUGAGCGCCGACGAGGAGGACGAGGAGAUGGAGGGCGUCGUCGAGAUCAUCGAGGAGGACAGCGAUGACGACUCGGAGAGCGGCGAGGACGACUCUGAUGACGAUGAGGACGACAGCGGCGAGAGCGGCUCCGAGAUGGACGAGGGUUCGGAGCUCGACGGCGCGGCCGAAGAGUGGAUCCUGGACGCCGAGGGCGACGAGGAUGCAGAGGACCAGGCGCUGGACUUUGUCGCUGGCGAGGACGGCGAGGAGGCCGGCUGGACCGACGAGCUGCCCGACGUGCUGCGCGACACGCGCGUCCUCGCCGACAACAUCGACGACCUCGACCCCGAUGAGGAGGAGGCCGAGGAGGACUUCGACGAGGAGGCCGACUCGUUUGACGAGCACUACGACCACGACGAGCUGGCGCACCUCGAGCUCGCCGAGGCCGCCAACGUCGUGGACCCGGGCCCGGAGGAUCGCUUCGGCGCCACCUGGGCCUGGGCGCGUGCGCCGAUCGGCAGCGGCCGUGGCGGACCGGGCGGCGUGCCCAUGCUGGCGCCCAGCCUAUUCCACGGCGGCGGCGUCGGCGCCGCGCUGCCGGCGCCACGGCGCAACAUGCGCAUGCUCGACUACGAGGCGAGCUUCAUGGCAGGCAUGGCCGGCGCCGCGCGUUCGCGUGGCGCCGGCGGUGCCGAGGACCUCGCUUCGCACCCGCUGCUCGUCGACACGUCGCGCACGCAGAGUGGACCUCGCAGCGGCCACGACCGUGGACACGCCCAUGACUGGUCGCAUCACGGCGGCUACAGCGACACCUGGGGCCGCUCGCUCGAGCAGCUGAUGUCCUCUGCAAACCACGGCGAGGGCGCCGAGAUGCAGGCGCUGAUGAAUCUGCUGUCGUCGCAUGGGCCGCGCGAAGUGCCCGGGGGCGUCCAGCUCCAUCUGGUCCACGACGACCAGGGCCAGCCUGUUAUCAGCGUGGGCAACGCCGCGCGGCCGCGCAGCACCGAUGUGGCCCUGCCUGACGCACGGCCUACCGACGGCUCUGCGGCUGCAGCAGCUCGCAUCGACCCCGUUGCGGCUGUGCAAGAGUUCUCGCCCAUGCCGACCUCGACACGCUGGUCAGAGGCCGCCCGCAUCGUCCACGGCCCUGCCGUUGUCGAGCGCGCUGCACGUCUGCGCCCGCACACAAUCAACGCGCUGCUGCCGGGCCUGCGUCGCUCUCAGGCGGGCGCCAAGGCCAAGAAGGAUGCGCAGAUCGCCGAAGAGGCUACGCGCGCCGAGCAAGAGGCCCAGAAAGUCCUCAAGGCAGUGAAGGAAGCACACGACCUCGAGACUGCAGAGCUGCAGGCCGCCGAGCAGAGAGCUGCUGCCGUGCAGGAGAACGCGGCCGACGCAGAGGCCGAAGAGCGCGCGCUGGAGGCGGAGGCCAUUGCUCUGUCGCAGCAACAACUCAGCGAGGACAUCGAGAUGGCCGACGAGGCCGGCGAUGACUCCGGCGACUCUUCGCAGCAGCCCAAUCUCGAGCUCGACUCGCUGCAGCGCAGCCUCGGCGAGCUGGACCGCAGCGUGGCCGGCACGGAGGAAGCCGACCGCAGCGCCGUGCCGGCGGACGCGCAGAGCGGCGCCGCUGCCGACGCCGGCGCGGCCGCCGCACCUGCUCCCGCCGCACGCAUCACCACGACGGUGCACGGGCGCGAGGUGGACAUCACCGACACCGGCAUCGACCCCGAGUUCCUCGAGGCGCUGCCCGACGACAUGCGCGAAGAGGUGCUGAACCAGCACUUCCGCGAGCGCCAGGCGUCUUCCACGGUGGCUGCGGCCGACUCGAACAUUGCGCCGGAGUUCCUCAACGCCCUGCCGCCGGAGCUGCGCGCAGAAGUGAUCCAGCAGGAGGCUGCCGAGGCGCGCCGACAGCAAGGCGGCGCGGCCGGCAGCAGCGCCGAGGCUCGUGCGGCCGGCGCUGCACGCGACGCAGAGGCUGCGCAAGGCACGCUCGUAGGCAUGCUCGAUCGCCUGCGCCGUAUCGGAGGCCGCGACGAGAACGAGAUGCUCGAAGGCCUGCCUUACUCUGUCGUCGACGACGUCCUCGCCCGCCGCCAGCAGCGCCACGCGCAAGACGGCCGCGGCGCCAAUGGCCGUCGCGGCGCUGGCGCUGCGGGCGCGCAACCGGGCGGCGAGGCCGCGGCCCCGCAGAAGACGCGCGACGCCAUCCAGGUGCUCGACAAGGCCGGCGUGGCGACGCUCGUGCGUCUGCUCUUCUUCCCGCAGAUGAACAGCCGCGCCACGGGCCUGCACAAGGUGCUGGCCAACCUGCAGGAGAACGCCAAGACGCGCGCCGAGCUGCUCAACCUCCUGCUGCUCGUGCUCGCCGACGGCACCAGCGACACGAAUGCCGUCGACAAGUCGUACGCGUCCAUGACGGCGCGUGCAAGCAAGGGCAGCAUGCUCGCCAACGCCGCCGUGACGCCCAGCCGGCCGACGCCGAGGCGGCACAACUCGACGCCCGGCGGCCUGCAGCUGGCCACUCCGGCGGCGCCGGCGCCGACGAUGGCGCCGAUCUCGCGCACGGGCGACGAGGCGCCGUUCCUCAUCGCGAGCCGCACGAUCGACGCGCUGCUGCACCUCACGGCGCACAACGAGCAGGCUGCGCUGUACUUCCUGCGCGACGACCCGCGCGCCAGCAAGAAGCUCAAGGGCAAGGAGCGCAGCUCGGCGCCAGUCAACGCACUGCUGGCACUGCUCGCCAAGCCGGCGAUUCUCUCGAACGCACAGCUCGUCGAGUCCCUCAUUGCUCUGCUCAAGACGGUCACCGAACCGCUGAACGCACUCGCCGCCGCGCAGAAGCCUGCCGCCGAGAGUGCCGCCGCCGACGCCGCCCAGCCCGGAGAGGCCGCGGUGGAGGGUGCCGCCGCACAGACGAGCGAGGCGGCGCCGGCCGCUGCGGCUGAGGCCGGGCCCAGCGAUGCGCCCGCGGCUGCUGCGGACACGGCCGAGUCGGGCGCCCUGACGACAGCGCCGGCCAUCCCUGCCGAGCGCAUCGCGGCCGUCGUGCGCCCGCUCGCGACGGCAAUCAGCGCCAAGGGCUUCCAGCACACGCUCGCCGUCGCGUCGAACCUGACGACGGUGCCCGGCGGGCGCGAGACGGUCUCGGACGCGCUGCGCCGCGAGGCCGACGCCGCGGGCCGCACGCUCGUCGCAGAGCUCGACGCGCUGCUGGCGACGCUGCCUGAGCCGCCGAAGCUGGCGGACCAGGAGGACGAAGCCAAGGCAGACGCCAGCGCCGACGCCGCCACGCACGCGCGCAUUCAGAGCCCCGCGCUCACGGCCAUGGCGAGCCCGGCGAGUGCGCAGACGGUGCUGCUGCGCUCGCUGCGUGCGCUCGACUGGGUCGUCACGCGCCCGCAGCCGGGCGCGUCGCUGAGCUCGUAAUGCGGCUGUUCCCUUCCAUACAUGAUCCGUGUCCCUACUCACUACUACGUUCCGCCACCUCAAUGAACCGAUUCUGAAGC